AUGAACGGCAACAUGCUGUCGCAGGUCAUUACUGGCACCGUCGCGCAGACCCUCCGCGGUGCUCAAGGCGACGAAACUAUCCUGGAGCUGCAUGGCUGCGCUGAACGCAUUUGCGAACGGAAUUAUCAUGGUGUGCAGCUGGGGAGAGCCACCAUCGUUGCUGCGCUCGUGGAGAAUUUCCAUGCAUCAGCCGAAGCCAAUUGCCGGAAUCUUGCGCAAUCGGGCAUGGACAGCUGCAGAAGAGCUGCAGACGCAGGCCAGCCAGCCGGCUACGAGUGUAAUCGGGAAUCUGGCGAGACUUGA